AUGAUAGCAAAGGCAGAAAAAAAGCAAUAAUCAAUAAUAGAUAAGGAAGAUAAUUAGCUAAGAAGUAAAAAGAAAUUAAAGAUAAUAAAGUUUGAAAUUAAUCUUAAUGCUCCUAUCAUCAAUUGCGAGAGUAACUAUCAGAAAUAUUUUAUACGUUUAUAAAACUAUAUUUUAAGUGAUAAUGGUUUAUCAAUAAUAUAUUUAUGUACGGAGUAAAUAUGUAAUUUCCAAUUAAUUGCUAAAUUUGUAAGUAACACCAGCUCACUGGACUGGAAGCUGGAGAAAUAUAAAUUAGCAAAAAAGAAAGUAAGAUUGAACUCAAAAUUAAAAACUAAAGACAAAUAGAAGUAAGCUGAGCAAAUUUAUAGCCUUAGAAGCACUCAUCAAAUAUAAAUUCAUUUUUCACAAGAUAAGCAAUCAUUAUUACUUCCACCUUUACAAGUUUUACAACUUUUAUCGCACUAAAAGCAAUCUAAUUAUUUUGGAUCAUAAUAAAAUCCAUCUUAGCAAUAUUAACAAAAUCCACUGAUUAAAAUUUAAUCUUAAAAGCAUGAUGUGCAUUAGUUUAUACCAGUUCCUUCACAAGUUUUACAUGAAGCAUCACACUUCAAGCAAUUAUUGCUUCCCUUAUCAUAAAAACUUCCUAUUUAGCAUUAUUUGCAUUGA